AUGGACUCGGAGGAUGGUCAGCUAUUCGUGAAGAACCUAGCAUACUUUGUCCGCACGCAUGAGAAAGCAUUAGCGAACGCGCUGCAGUUGCAGCGCCAGAAGACCAAGAAUGGCAAAGAGCAAGCAGUUGCUGGCGCUUCCAGCGGUUCAGCUUCAUCGACCACGAUAUCACUCGCAGAGGCACUCUCGCGACCCUACCUGUCCUUCUCCUCCCACAGCCUCAGACCCGCGAAGCUCACCCUGACGCCGCACCACCUCUUCUACCUCCUCAGCAAAUUCGAAGACCUCGGUGUCGAUGUUGGCCCCAUGACGGUACGCUUGGAGAACCUGCACAGUGAUGCUGCCCCCUCGAAUUACGUUUCGUUCCUCGGCCAUGCACCCAAAUCACGAGGCAAGCAAUCAGAUGCAGACUCUCUUCGGUCGGUAUCUAGUGUGCGGAGUGUCAUGUCGAGCAUGUCGUCCAUGUGGUCUGCCCUGACGCUGUCGAACAGCGCUGCAAAAGCCGAGAAACAGAUGGCGCAAUAUCGUGAUGAUAUCAAAUACCUCUACUCGUGCUUCACAAAGAUCCCAGCGUUACGGCUGUCGCCCGAUCACCGGGCUCGGCUGAUCAGUGGCUACGAGGAGUUCCCCUUUGACACGGCCGUGCCCUUGUUUGCGUUCAAGAACUUCUAUGGAUGGGACAGGCUGGCAGAGCAGCUGCGAAGUUUGACAGUCAAGCGUGCCGGCCUCGACGACCCCAUAAACUUGCUGCAGAACAUAGUCUUGGAUGAUUCAGAGAGACGACGAAAACGUUCAUCGAAGACCCAAGUCCCCACGACGCCUUCUACCCCAGGAUUGCCUUGGCCCUCUGGCAGUCCCAGCGCCAGGCAGAUAGAGCUGGCCCGCUCUGUGUCUGCUCCCAACUCGCCAUUCGCAGAACAACUGCAACGACGUGCGUCAGUGGGUAGCCCGCAAAUGUUGUUGAGGGCUGGGUCAGACGGCAAGCCUGCAGCGGGUCAGUCGCGACAGUCAAGCAACUCGCCGCCGCGACCAGCUACCGCAAGGCAUGGCUCAAUACACAAGGCGCAUCCAAGUCGCAGUGGAAAGAACCGCAGGUCCUCAGGAAGCUCGGGUUCAAGCCAGCAUGAAAUGACGCCGCGACACAGUGCCACAGACCUGCUGUCGAUGGGGAUCCUUCCGUCCUCCAAAUGGCGUUUCCUGCGACAUCUCAGCCUGGCUGAGAAUUGCCUGACCCAGCUGACGACGAGCAGUCUGGCUCCAGUGGCCAACACAUUGCAGUCGCUUGACCUCUCUGGAAACAUGUUCACCGAGAUUCCGGACGCGCUCGCGAGCAUGACCCAACUGCGAGCUUUGAACCUGAGCAACUGUAUGAUCGACAGCUUGUCCUCGUUGUCGAGAAGUCCUCUUCCAGCGAUUACGACACUCAACCUCCGCUCCAACCGGCUCCUCUCUUUGGCUGGCAUCCAACGACUCUUCUCUCUGGAACGGGUUGACCUGCGGGAAAAUCGAAUGCAUGAUCCCGCUGAGCUGGCUCGACUGACCGGUAUUCCUGACAUCACCGACCUCUAUGUGAUGAAGAACCCGUUCACGAGAACACACAGCAAUUAUCGGAUUACCAUCUUCAACUUGUUCCGAUCGUCACCUGGCCAUGUGGAUGAUGUUACAAUCGACACCAUGGGUCCGCUUUACCACGAGAAGAAGUAUUUGGUGGAUCGAGCUCCAGAGCCUGCUAACAAGCCGGUGGUCAAGCCGCUGUUAGAAGAUGAGCAGCGUCAGUCAGAGGAAGGUGCGGAGGAUUCGACCUUCAAUGCCGGCGUUGAGGCUGUCCCCAAACCUUCUUCGCAUCCAGGACAUCGGCGCACGACAUCAGAUAUGGGACCAAGCUCGACGAUUCGUCGCAAGAAAGCGCCUAGAAGGAGAAUAGUUGAGCUCUCUCAAGCUGAGCAGCGUGCUCAAACCGAAGACAUACCUGCAGAGCCACCAGUCCCAGAAUUGACAGAGCUUCCGCCAAUGCCGCACACUCCCACCACUGAAAGCGAUCAGCCGUCGACACCAGAAGCAACCCCGUACCAUACCGCUCCGUCCACUCAUCUGCAGCAAGGGACUUCACUGGCUGUUCGCCCGAGACUCGAUACAGCUUUUAAAUCGCCGACGCCUCCGCCGAAGAUACGGGAUGCGUCUGACGAUGAGAACUCGCCCAUUCGGUCGCCUGAAGACCUGGGCUCGAACACGGACUUAUACCGGCAGAAGGUCGAAGCUCUGAAGAGUGAGCUAGGACCAACCUGGCUCAGUGCUCUGAACGAGAACGAGAGUCAGACGAGGCAUAGAAGCUUCAGUCCUGCCUCGCGCACAUCGACCGUAAGGCCUGACCAUCCACACCGGGGCGUCAGCGUGGGAGGACGCACCCUUGGCUGA